AUGGGCAAGAGCACACGAAGACAGUCUACUUCGAUGCUACCUAGCAACUUCAAUUCUGGCUUGUCCGAGCAGGAAAUCACAGACGAUGACAUUUACGCUGCCUUCGGUGUCACCGACAAUUCGGAACAAGAUCUAAGACUCGAUUCCGACACGCCAAGAACAAAACGAAACAAGAAGGUAAAGAAACGACAGAGCGCACCUGCGAGAAGACUAUCAGUGUACGACAUAUUGUAUGAAGAUGAGGAACAGUAUGAGAUUCCAGACAGUGUCUUUGACGUCGAACUAUCACCUCAAGCCAACGACAAGAAGUUGAAGAGACCCAAAAGUACGGGGAAUCCUGUUGAAGCCAAGAUCCUAUCUCUGGAUGAAGAGCCAUCGCUUUUCGAUCUACUGAUCAGUCCAAGAGAGAACAAAGACAAGUAUGGCAAGAAAAAGAAGAAGCUUAAGAGCAAGGAGCUUGUUGCCGACCUCGGAAAGGCAACAGUAGACGAGGAAGAGAGUCCCGAGUCCCCCUCCGAAGGUCUACUCGUGCUUAACGAUGUGUCUGUGGAUGCCAGGUCGAUUAGCAUGACGAAACGAAGCAAGAAAAACAAGAAGGCCAGAUCCAAUAGUCUCCUUGUCAUUGACCUUGGCAACCCCCCAAAGCCUGUAGCUGAGAGCUCCAAGAUGUUGUCGUCUUCGGACAGCCAGCUAUUUCUAAAUGACGAGUUGCUCGAAAUCAGUCCUACUAGCAAGGCGAGGCGCGGCAAGAGACCAAAGAAGGUCAAAUCCAAAAGUCUCGUUGCUGAUCUUGGCGAUUCCACGACUGAAGAGGAGAGCACCGAGUCUUCGUCUUGUGACUACUUACCCGGACCAAGUGAUGAGCCUCUUCGGGUUAGAUCUCGCAGCGUGACCAAGCGCGACAAGAGAACUAAGAAGGUUAGAUCCAAAAGUCUUGCCGUUGACCUUGGCGAACCCCCGAUGAGUGUAACUGAGAGUCUGAACCUGCUGUCUGCUUCUGACAGCCAACUCUUUCUAAGCGACGAGUCCCUUGAAAUCAGCCCAAGUAGCACAACAAAAGGCAACAAGAAGGGCAGAAAGAUUAGAUCAAAAAGUUACCAUAUGGACCUUGGCAAUCUCACCGCAGAAGGAGAGGAGAGUUCGGAGUUAUUGUGCGCUUCCGACUGUGUAAUCCCCCUAAACGAUGAGCUUCUUGAAAUCAAGCCUAGCAUCAUGACCAUGCGCGAUAAGAAGAAUCAAAAAGUCAAAUCAAAAAGUUUCAUGAUGGACCUUGGUGAGUCCGAUCUCAAGGCCAAGAAGAGAUCCAAAUCCAGGCGUAAAGAAUGUGCCAAAUAUAGAUCAGAUCGAGAUGGAGUGGAUCAAGAAAUCUUGCCUCGUCGUCGAUGUCGAUCGCAUUCACCGCAUCCGCGGCGGAGUCUGAUCCAAUGGGGGGAGCACCAACUUCACACUAUUGCCGAGUCUUCUGAGUCUGAGGAAUCAGACGAUGAUCGUUGGUCGAGCCACAGCAAUUGUGAUUCCCCACCCCAUGCCCCUCGAAAACGAAGAAAGCGACACAAGUCUUGCUCGCCACCACUGGCACGAUCUCCCAACAGACUUUGGCUAGAAUCUUUCGAUGCCACUCUUGACGAAAGUGGGAAAAGCGAAAACAAAGCCAAGAAAAGGAAAAAUCACAAGUCGAAGGAGAAAUCAAUCGAAAAGCCCAUCGAAAAGAAUGAGAAGCCCAGUCCAAGGCUACCAGUUGAUUCAGAGACGCCUCCUACUGCAGAUGAAACUCGGAAAUCUAAUUCAAAGCAGUCAGCCAAACCGAUUAAAAGUUCCAAGGAGAGCAAGAAAGAGAGUACGAAACGAGACAAGCGCAAGUCGAAGAGAAAAGAGUCAAACAGGAUGUCAACUACUUCGUUGGAUUCAUCUGUCGACGAUUCGCUCGAGAGUUCAAUUGAUUCCAUAGCGAGUUCCAAGGGCAGCAAGACCGAGAAAAAGAAGAGCAAGUCAAGCAGAAAUUCCAAGUUGUCGUCUCUAAAUGAUUCGAUGGAAUUCACAGAAGCAAUGGCAGCAGCUGAAGAAGAAUUAAUGCGAGCGACGGAAGAAGCUAGGCAAAAGACGGGCCAAGAAAUUGCGAAACUUCGAGCUGGGGAAGAAGCCCGGAAGAGAGCGGAACAAGAAGCUGCAGCAGCCAAACUACGACUUCAGGUGGCCGAAGUUCGACGCAAGGUCGACGAAGAGGAGUGCCAAAAAGCAAAGAAAGAAGCACAGAAGCAGGCUGAGAAAGACGCAAUGAUUAGAGCUCAAGAGGAAGAAAGACGAAAUGCCGAGAGGGAAGAAGAGCGUCAACGGCUCAGAGCAGGGCAAGAGCGAUUGCAACAAGAAAGGGAUGAACUCGAACGUCUGAGAAAAGAAGAAAAAGCCAGAUUGGAGAAGGAACGAGUCGAGCUACAGUGCCAAAAGGAAGAAGAGGCACAACGAUUGGCCAUGGAAAGGGCUGACCUGGAGCGUCAUAGAUACGAAGAAGAAGAACGACUGCACCAAGAGAAAGUCGAACACGAGCGCCAACUGCGCGACGAGAAGGCUCGAAUCAAGGCAAGGCAAGAGGCUGAGAAAGCAAGGCUCAAGGCUGAGAAACAGGAGCGCGAACGCUUAAUCAAGGAAGACAAACUGAGGCUCAAGGCUGUGAAAGACGAACGAGAUCGUGCUGCACAGGAGAAAAAGUCAAGAAUCAAGGCCGAAAAGGAUGCAGAAUUCGCGAGAAUCAAAUCCAAGAAGGACGCCGAGAAGGCUCGAAUCAAGGCAGAGAAAGAAGCUGAAAUGGCAACGAUGAAACGGGAGAAGAUGGAAAAAGAAAGGAUUGCAGAGGAAGACAAAGUUCGAAUCAAGGCGGAGAAGGAUGCUGAAAUGCGACGUCAGAUGGAGCUGUCUGAGCGAAAAGCUGCAAACGAAAAGCCUCAAAAAGGACUGGCAAAACCUGAUCUAGUGGGACGAAAUUAUUCCAUCGACAGUUUGUUCCAAGGUUCUAUCGAUAACUCUCUCCACGCAGAAGCAGAGGCGCAGCGUAUGAUAAAAGACCGGGAGCGUUUGAAGCAGGAAAUCGCCAACCUCGAGCGCCAAAAGAAGGCGGCGGCAGCGCGGUUAGAACGAAGAGCCCAAGCAAUGAAAAAUGCGUUAAAGGCGGCUGAGGCAAAGACAAAUGCUGCAGAACUGGACUUAGAAAUUCACAGCACUCAAGAGAGGCCAGAAGAGGAGGAGGCUGCUCGCUUGGAGCUCAACGUGGACGACGAGCGAAGAGAACGGGCUCCAUCUCCGGUGACUGGAGAGGAAGAAAAAGAACUAUCUAGGAAAGAAUCAUCGGCACGAAAGCAAGAAAAGGGAAGGAGAAUGGAAGAAAAGGCGGCAGACGACUACCGCCUUGGCAAACUAGACGGGCGUCGCUCACUCACAAAAAACGAUCGAACAUUCAAUUCUGGUUGGAACAAAAUUGUUGUGUCAACCAAAAAGAAAUUCACUCACUAA